AUGAAUAACACUUCCAUCUACUCAACUAUGAAUAACACUUCCAUCUACUCAACUAUGAAUAACACUUCCAUCUACUCAACUAUGAAUAACACUUCCAUCUACUCAACUAUGAAUAACACUUCCAUCUACUCAACUAUGAAUAACACUUCCAUCUACUCAACUAUGAAUAACACUUCCAUCUACUCAACUAUGAAUAACACUUCCAUCUACUCAACUAUGAAUAACACGUCCAUCUACUCAACUAUGAAUAACACUUCCAUCUACUCAACUAUGAAUAACACGUCCAUCUACUCAACUAUGAAUAACACUUCCAUCUACUCAACUAUGAAUAACACUUCCAUCUACUCAACUAUGAAUAACACUUCCAUCUACUCAACUAUGAAUAACACUUCCAUCUACUCAACUAUGAAUAACACGUCCAUCUACUCAACUAUGAAUAACACUUCCAUCUACUCAACUAUGAAUAACACUUCCAUCUACUCAACUAUGAAUAACACGUCCAUCUACUCAACUAUGAAUAACACGUCCUUCUACUCAACUAUGAAUAACACGUCCAUCUACUCAACUAUGAAUAACACUUCCAUCUACUCAACUAUGAAUAACACUUCCAUCUACUCAACUAUGAAUAACACUUCCAUCACUCAACUAUGA